GUCAUGGUUGAACUCACCACUCCCCACUACCCCCAUUUCCUCUCCUUUCUAUAUAUUCCCCCCACAAAACCUUCCCUCCCCACUUUGUAUUAAUCUCUCCCAUUUCUCUCUCUCUUUUCAAAAGCUUCUUCUCUUUCACUCUUCUCUUCCCCAAUUUCUCUCCCAAGUUUCUCCCUUCCCAAAAACAAAACACUUUAGUUUUUCUUUCUUGUCUUACAAGGUUACAAAACAUGACGGUUGAAAAAGAAGAUUUGGGUUUGAGCCUUAGCUUAAACUUCCCUCAAAAUCCACCAAAACCUCAAUACCUCAAUCUCAUGUCUUCUUCUACCCAUUCCUCUUCUCCUUCCACCUACAAUCCUCACAAACCUUCAUGGAUCAAUGCUUUCACUUCUUCAGAUCGGGAUUCAGAACCAUGCAGAGGCGGCGAAGAACGACCGUUACUCCUCCGCGGAAUCGACGUGAACCGGUUACCUUCCGACGCCAACUGUGAAGAAGAAGCCGGUGUUUCAUCUCCAAACAGCACUGUUUCGAGCGUGAGCGGUAAACGAAGCGAAAGAGAAAUCACUGGCGAAGAUCUUGACAUGGAGAGAGAUUGUUCAAGAGGAAUCAGUGAUGAAGAAGACGCUGAAACUUCCAGAAAAAAACUCAGACUCACCAAAGACCAAUCUAUUAUCCUCGAAGAAAGUUUCAAAGAACACAACACUCUUAACCCCAAACAAAAAUUAGCACUUGCAAAGCAAUUAGGUCUUCGUGCAAGACAAGUUGAAGUGUGGUUUCAAAAUCGUAGGGCAAGGACUAAGCUGAAACAAACGGAGGUAGAUUGUGAGUUUUUGAAGCGAUGUUGUGAGAAUCUAACGGAUGAGAAUCGGCGGUUGCAAAAAGAAGUACAAGAGCUGAGAGCACUGAAACUUUCCCCACAAUUCUACAUGCAAAUGACACCACCUACGACACUUACCAUGUGUCCUUCUUGUGAGCGUGUGGCUGUUCCAUCAUCAGCCGUUGAUGCUGCCACGCGUCGUCAUCCUAUGGUUCCGAAUCUUGCUCGAUCAUUUCCCGUGUAUCCAACGGUUCAGCAUAGGCCGUUUGAUACACUCCGUCCUAGUAGAUCUUAACGUGUACGGAUCAGCAAUAAUAAAAAAACAGUUGUAACUUGUAAGUUUGAGUUGAAACAGCGUUCUAUGAUGUCUGUGUUCAAAGUACUGUUUUAAGAUAUGGUGGUUAGAGGAAAUGAUUUUGUGGGUCUAUGAUGUUUUUUAUUUGACCCAUUGUCUUUUUUUAGGUUUGGGGGCAUGGCCUAGUGUUAGCUAGGAGUUUUAGUUUUUUUAAAAAAAAAAACUUUUUAUGUUCCUAUUUCUCAUGAUUAAUCAGAGACUUUAUGUAAAGUUAAGUGAUUAUCUAAUUAAUUAUGAGUAUAGUUUUGUAUGUUA